UUCAGGAACAUGCAGAAUAGUGAAAGCUGGUCGAGGAGCAUCAGUCCUGCAAAAACAUGACAUACGCAAUAUCUCCACACUAAUACCGCAUCGCACGCAGAAGAAAACAACACAACUGGAGGGAAACGCACAUGCUUCUUCGUUAAACAGCUGGGUUUAUUCUUUUUUAUGAACAACAAAUUGCGGGUGGAGGAACGGUCAUGAGGAAGUCCACAACAGUGUUUGUAGGCAUGCUUGUCUCGCUGUGUUUUGCCCCUAAACAAAUUUAUUAGAGGAUUAAUCGGUCUGGCAGUACUCCACAUUGAUGACAACAGUUCUAAUAUAAUAUGGGGCUUUCAAAUUUCUAAGGUUUUUUUUGGUGAUUGACGUUUGAUUUACAUUGGCUUUUUUGUUGGUUGAUUUGUUUGUUUGUUUUCUGGCAAAAUAAUACAUUCAAUCAGCAUUUUUUUUCAUCCUCGGGGAAACUAAACGAAAAAAGCCCACGGUUUUGCGACCUGUGCUGCUACCUCACACCUGAAAGAAUUCAUCUUUUAUCCUGGAUUUGGACGCUAUACGGAUCUGUUUGCCGCCGAUCUCGUCGAGAGAGAGAGAGAGAGAGAGAGAAGGGGGGAGAGAGGGAGAGAGAGGGUGAAGCACUGUUGAUUUCCAUUUAAUUUUCAACAAAAUCCAACACGGGGGAUCUGGAAAAAAGGACAAUGAAUCAGCAGUUCACUUCGUAGAUUUUUUUUUUUUUUCACUUGGAGGAAAAAAAGAAGGGAGAUCCACGGAAAAAGAAGAGAACUCAGCGGUGCAAGAACACAGCGUUAGAAUCGUGGGGGCUGAUCCAAAGACGAUGGUUCACUGUGCGGCGUGCGAGAGGCCCAUACUGGACAGGUUUCUCCUGAACGUUCUGGACAGAGCCUGGCACGUCAAGUGCGUCCAGUGCUGCGACUGCAAAUGCAAUUUAACGGAGAAGUGUUUCUCUCGCGAAGGGAAACUGUACUGCAAAAAUGACUUCUUUAGGCGAUUUGGUACGAAGUGCGCCGGCUGUGCUCAGGGGAUCUCGCCGAAUGACCUGGUUCGAAGGGCAAGGAGCAAAGUGUUCCAUUUGAACUGUUUCACGUGCAUGAUGUGUAACAAACAGCUUUCCACCGGGGAAGAACUGUACAUCAUAGAUGAAAAUAAAUUUGUUUGUAAAGAAGAUUACCUGGCCAGCAGCACAAGAGGGGACACCAACCUUCUUUCCGUUACCGCGUGCAGUGAUCCAAGUUUGUCUCCAGAUUCCCAAGACCCGCAGGACGAUUGUAAAGACUCGGAGACCGGACAUCUAUCGGACAAAGAAACGACUAACAAUGAAAACGACGACCAGAACCUUGGAGGAAAACGACGUGGACCGCGGACUACCAUAAAGGCCAAGCAACUUGAGACCCUAAAAGCAGCUUUCGCGGCAACCCCGAAACCCACGCGACACAUCAGGGAGCAGCUCGCGCAAGAAACUGGGCUCAACAUGCGUGUCAUUCAGGUGUGGUUCCAGAACCGGCGAUCCAAAGAAAGACGAAUGAAGCAGCUGAGUGCUCUGGGUGCGAGGAGACACGCGUUUUUCCGAAGCCCGAGGAGAAUGAGAACGCUCGUGGAUCGACUCGAACCCGGGGAACUGAUCCCGAAUGGACAUUUCUCAUACUAUGGGGAUUAUCAAAGUGAAUACUUCGGUCCGGGAGGAAACUAUGACUACUUCCCACAAGGUCCCCCAUCAUCGCAGGCACAGACCCCAGUGGACCUCGCCUUCGUGCCCUCGUCCGGGCCCGCGGGCACCCCCCUCGGGGGCAUGGACCAUCCCCUCCCCGGGCACCACCCGUCCAGCGAGGUGCAGCGAUUCUCCGACAUCCUGUCCCACCACCCGGGCGACUCGCCCAGCCCGGAGCCCGGGGUCCCGGGCCCCCUCCACGGCAUCUCCUCGGAGGUGUUCGGCCCCAGCCCGCCCUUUACCUCACUCUCCCUAAACGGCAACGGAUACAACAACCACCUGUCCCACCCCCCGUCCGAACUGAACGAAGGCACCGUUUGGUAGCCAGAGAAUAAUGGGGACAAGCGGUGCGCUGGAGGGGAAAGGAACUUGUGACGGAUGGAAAGAAGUGGGACAGAAGCUACGCCAUUUUCGUUAUUUCUCUUUAUUUAUUUAUUUAUUCACCCCUUCCCUGGUGUGAUUUUGUUGGGGUGAUUAAGAAAUAUAUAUACAUAUAUAUAUAUAUAUAUAUGAAAAAGCAGCGACAAUGGACAUGCUGUAAACAUUUACCUUUAUACGCUAUGUUGACUUUUUUUUCUUCUUUUUUUUCCCCAAAACAAAAUAAUA